AUGCCGAGCCACAAAACGUUCCGCACCAAGCAGAAGCUUGCUAAAGCCCAGAAGCGGAACCGUCCCAUUCCCCAAUGGAUUCGUCUGCGGACCGGAAACACUAUCAGAUGUGGAAAGGCUGGAUUGGGGGGCGGAAAGGAAUGGACGGAAAGGAAGAGAAAUAUUGGAGAAAAGAUGGAAUGGCGGGAUAGAUAUAUGAAAGAACGAGGUGUAGAAAUGGAUGGGGAGAUUCAGUGCCCGAAAAUCGAUGUUUCACCUCCGUUCCAACGACACCGCCCGGUGCAUUGCAAACACCAUGUUCUUCAGAAAAUGUCGCAGAAGAGCUCCAUUGCAAGAUGGAAAUGGGACACCGGUUGCAUAGAAAACGCAAAGAGGAAUAUACUGGCUAACAGAAACCUUUUGUUCCCCAACACAGAUAUAACGCCAAGCGGAGACAUUGGCGCAAGGCUCGUCUCGGCAUUUAGAUGA